GUUCUCGCGCAUCAAGGGCACGGGGGGGUGGCCAAGUUUGCCCCGGCGGCAGUGUCGAAGCUCAUCUGGGCCUUCUCCUCCACCGGCAGCACAAGGCUCAACUUCCACGACAACAACUUUGGAACUGCCAAGGUGGACUUUUCCUGCUGCAAUGCACCAUCCAGCGAGCCCUCUCCAGAUAUUGAUGCAGAGCUUUAG